GUAUAAUCGGGGUAUUAUAUCGUAUCCGAGAACGGAGACAGAUAGAUUCAACCCUAAUAUAGAUCUGCUAGAAUUGGUUCGUUUACAGCAAGGAAGUCACGUUUGGGGGCCAUUUGUGAAUCAACUGAUGCAAGGAAAGUUUACGCAAGCACGGAGGGGGAAUCAUGAUGAUG